AUGUCAAGAUCAGGUAAUAAUGAGGACUUCAGGUUCUUCAACCCCACCGAAGGAGAACCACUUUCACAAUCACAGCGCUACGAUAUCCAUCCGAUGGAGCUUGUUGUUCAAUCACUCGUCGGUGGUCCAUUAGAGGCUUUAUCAAACCACUUGCAAACACUACAUGAAUCACAAGUUGUAUUGAUCGCCAGACUCAAGAUAAUGGAAGAAAGUAUGUACACUGAUUAUUCAAAAGAAUUUUGGGAGGUUAAAGGCUAA